AUGCUGCUUUUCAUGGCUUCUCUUAAGAUGUUUCCCCAAACAUAUUCGUUUACCAUUCUCCUCUUAAGUCUCCUGUUCCUCAUUCAAUAUUGUUCGUCUUUCAAUCCAAAACUCUUGGAUGUGUCACUAGCUACUGAGUCUGGUUUCUCAUCAGCAGGAGCUACGUGGUACGGAGGUCCAAAUGGUGCUGGUAGUGACGGUGGCGCCUGCGGCUAUGGGAGUGAUGUAGGGAAACCACCUUUCUCUUCGAUGAUAUCAGCUGGUGGCCCUUCUCUUUUUAGGUCGGGCAAAGGCUGCGGGACAUGUUAUCAGGUGAAAUGUACGGCACAUUCAUCUUGCUCGGGAAAACCAGUAACCGUGGUGAUUACAGACGAGUGCCCAGGUUGUGUCUCACAAUCAACCCAUUUUGAUUUGAGCGGUACCUCUGUUGGAGCUAUGGCGAUUCCCGGCAAAGCACAGCAGUUGAGGAAUGUUGGUGUCUUGCAAAUACAAUAUAAGCGAGUGGCAUGCAACUACGCAGGCACCAAUUUAGUGUUUAAGGUCGAUGCUGGUUCGAACCCUAACCAUUUCGCCACUCUGGUUGAGUAUCAAAACGGACAAAGCGAUAUCGCUUCUAUUGAUCUUCAACUUCAAGACAUAUCAGUUUCUUCAAAUUGGCGACCAAUGCAGCGAUCAUGGGGUGCUGUGUGGAAGUUGGACUCAGCAACUGCAUUGAAGGGUCCAUUUUCUCUACGUCUGAAGUCUGCUAACGGAGAGACGAUUGUUGCGAAGAACGUCAUUCCAGCGGGAUGGCGAGCUGGUGUUACAUAUCGAUCGAGCAUAAAUUUUAAUUAA